GCUGUGCACUUGACCCUCCAGGACUUUAAAACCCAGUCCUGUAUUUAUGAAUUCUUAUUUAUUUAUCUGAUUUUAUUCACCUAGUCCCAUGUAUGAUCACUAAUACAUGUGUUUAUGUGAUCCACUGACAGCUUUGAAGAGUUGACCACGAGAAGAUAGAACAAUUCAGAAUGAAUUGUCCUUACUCCACAGCUGUGCAGUAUUGCCCCGAGCUCCCCUUUCAUCGGUAUAGAGACCCCUCCUCCCGUUUGUCCUGGACAGAGAGUUCCUUCCUGGCCUCCAUAAUGUCACAGAACCAAUCAGAACAGAGCUCUGACAUCCUCAGUCAGGAUGUGUUCAACCAGCUGCUGGAGAUGCUGGACCAGUCAGCGUUCCACUCGUCGCAGCCGAUAGAGUUGAACUUCUCAGACAGCCCAGCAGACGAAGAUGGACCAUCAGGGAACACCAUUCAGAUCAGCAUGGACUGCAUCACCAUGCAUGAGGGACAGGAACCACUGUCUUCACAGUAUACCAACCUGGGGCUGCUGAACAGCAUGGAUCAGAACAUCCAAAAUGGCGGCUCUACCUCCACCAGUCCCUACAACAACGACCAUGUCCAGAACAACGUGUCAGCUCCUUCACCCUACGCCCAGCCCAGCUCCACCUUCGACGCCAUGUCCCCCUCCCCGGCUAUCCCCUCCAACACAGACUACGCCGGGACACACACCUUCGACGUCUCCUUCCAGCAGUCCUCCACAGCCAAGUCUGCCACCUGGACGUACUCUACAGAACUGAAGAAGCUGUACUGUCAGAUCGCCAAAACGUGUCCCAUCCAGAUCAAGGUGCUGACCAACCCCCCGCAGGGCGCCGUCAUCAGAGCCAUGCCCGUUUACAAGAAGGCAGAGCACGUCACCGAGGUGGUCAAACGAUGCCCCAACCACGAGCUCAGCCGCGAGUUCAACGAUGGUCAGAUAGCCCCUCCCAGUCACCUGAUCCGAGUGGAGGGUAACAGCCACUCCCAGUAUCUGGAGGACUCCAUCACGGGCCGUCAGAGUGUGCUGGUCCCCUACGAGCCCCCCCAGGUGGGCACAGAGUUCACCACCAUACUGUAUAACUUCAUGUGCAACUCCAGCUGUGUAGGAGGCAUGAACCGACGCCCUAUCCUCAUCAUCGUCACCCUGGAAGCCAGAGAUGGUCAGGUGCUGGGUCGGCGCUGCUUCGAGGCCAGGAUCUGUGCGUGUCCUGGCCGGGAUCGUAAGGCGGACGAGGACAGCAUCCGCAAGCAGCACGUUACUGAUGGAACAAAGAGCAGUGAGGGUAUGAAACGCCCCUUCCACCAGGUCUCUCAUGGUAUCCAGAUGUCCUCCAUCAAGAAGAGAAGAUCCACAGAUGAGGAAGUGUUCUGUCUGCCUAUUAAAGGCCGUGAAAUCUAUGAGAUUUUGGUCAAAAUCAAAGAGUCUCUGGAACUCAUGCAGUUUCUGCCUCAGCACACUGUAGAGUCAUACAGGCAACAGCAGCAGAACCUCCUGCAGAAACAAUGGGAUCUCUGGGGCGAUGAGAGUAACGGCCUGUACCCUCCUCUCCCCUGCCCCAGGAGCGCCAUGGCACCCCAGCCCCAGUAUGGCUCCAGCUCCCCUCCUCCCCCCCACGGCAAGGUCAACAAGCUCCCCUCCGUCAGCCAGCUCAUCAACCCCCAGCAACGCAACACCCUCACCCCCUCCUCCAUGGCCCAAGGCCUGACUGACAUGACUCCGAUGAUGGGCCACAUGGCUAUGAAUGCUGACAUGUCGGCCCUGAGCCCCGCCCACAUCCUGCAGCCCCAGUUACCCAUGGUGCCCAGCUCCCACUGCACCCCCCCGCCUCCCUAUCCCAUGGACAGCAGCAUCUCCAGCUUUCUUCUGCGGCUGGGCUGCGCAGCCUGCCUGGACUGUUUCACAGCACAGGGCCUGACCAACAUCUACCAGAUCGAGAACUAUAACUUGGAGGACCUGUCCCGGCUGAAGAUCCCGCAGGAGUUCCAGCACGUCAUCUGGAAGGGCAUCAUGGAGCACCGGCAGAGCAUGGAGUUCUCCCCUCCUCCUCACAUCCUGCGUACCUCCAGCGGGGCCUCCGCCGUCAGCGUAGGGUCCUCCGAGGCCCGCGGCGAGCGGGUCAUCGACGCCGUGCGCUUCACCCUGCGCCAGACCAUCUCCUUCCCUCCGCGUGACGACUGGUCCGACUUCUCCUUCGACCUGGACUCCCGACGCAACAAGCAGCAGCGCAUCAAAGAGGAGGGGGAAUAGAAAACCUCUCGCACUCUGGAUGGAAUUUCAAUCUAAGGUGCACUGUUUGACAAGCGCACUGUACCAAUGGGUCUGUAAAACGGCCAUUUUCCUGUCAUUCAGAGAUCACUUUUACAGUAAACGCUGGGGAUGUCGGCUCAAGCGUACAUUAUCAUUACCAUUAACAUUACCAUUAUCAUUAACAUUACCAUUAUCAUUACCAUUAUCAUUAAAAGUCGAGUGCGGUACGCUUGUCGGCAAUGGUCCUUGGAUUGAAGCCCCGCCUCUGUCACACACCUGUUGACCAACCACUCUCGUAUCACGGUACAGAACUAGGAAUUCUCUGCUUCAAAGUGCUCUGGGUCCGGUUUCCUCAAAAGCAUCGAAGUUCAUUGUUAGAACAACCCUCGUUUUGGAGCAGAACACAAAAAACCAUUGUUGGAAGUUGUUCACCGACCUGCCUCAGACCAGCUAAGUACAUCGUCAUAAGACCUGACUUACAUCGCUAGCGGGAAACUGGACCCUGGUCCUUAGUUCAGAUAGCCUAAAUAGCAAAAUACUAUGCAAAUAAAAAUGCACUUAUUUUAUGGUUUUAGAAAAGCCUUCAAUAGCAGCCAGCUAGAGGAUGAGACAAAUUAUGGUUUUAGAAAAGAUACAU